AUGUUCUCGAAAAUGCAGUCAGCUCAGGCAGUGCGCCUUCACGACGUUAGUGCGUUUGUAUCGAUCAAUGGAUUGCCCAGGACCUGGGCAGCACAAGUGCAAGGCUUUCAGCUUUUGCUUUUGUCAGUAGACUGGCAUCUGGUGACUGCAUUCCAACUUGCGCACUUAGUUUUCCCUUGUUACUGUUUCCAAGAAAACUUGUCAUAUAGUAGAUUCAUUAUGCCCCCGUGCGCGCAGUGUGGGACCGAUCCCGCGGCGGCCUCGUUCAAAUGUACGCAGUGUCCGGACGGCGUGGUCCACGUCUUCAGUGUGUGCGACCGGGACUGCCAGAAGGAGUUCUGGAAGACCCACAAGAAAACGCACACCACGGCCAAGAAUAAACGACCCGCGUCUACUACUUCAUCUGGCGCGACGAGACAGCAACAGGCGACGAACAGCUCCCCCUUGUUCUCCGACAUGCUGGACAACGCGCAGUACUGGACGAAGCAGCUCGACCAGAAGGAGCAGCCGGAGUGGUUGGUCGACUGCUACCGCAUGCGGCUGGACGACGACUACGCCUGGGGUGGCGGAAAUUUGCACGGCCUCUACGACGCGCACGACUGCGAGACCGAGGAGGAACGAACCGCCAUGAUCGUCACCGAUUUCCUGUGCUUCUUGAAGCUGGGCGUCCGACACAAGGCUAUCCCCAACAACUUCGACUUCCGCACGACCCUGCUGACGCACGCGGUGCAGUUACUUCCCUACGCGUUUGAAAAAUCGGACGCCAAGGAGAAGUGGGGCGGCGAAAACGUAUUUUCCAUGUUCACGGGCGGCCGGCCCAGCCUGCGCGCCGUCGGGGAACAGAUUGUGGGGAAGGGGGUGAUGUGUGGUGCGGAACAAAAGCCGGGCACUGUGUCCUGGGACAGUAUGGAGCAGGAACUCGUGCGGAAGCUCGGAAGUGAGCUGGAAAUGAUGGAGACAGCAGACGAGAAGCUCUUUGUCGACGUCGGUGGAAAAGCGCUCUGGCUGGAAUUCGUCGAGGCGUUCGACGGUUAAGUAAAAUGGAGUUAGAAGCAAGUGUAAAGAAGAUGACCACAUGAUAUAACCACGAUGAGACGCACCAGGACUGAGUUUGACUGACGCGUAUGUAGGAAGGACUUUAAGUUUCGCCCUUUUAUACGAAGAGACGCUUCAUCGUCCACAUCGACAU